AUGAACUCUCGAGCUCUUCUAUUCGUAUUAGUGGCCUUGCUGGCAUCAGUUCGAGCCAAUAUCGCGAUCGACGCUAACAGUGUUCAGCCUUUUCCCGAACAAAAACCGCAAACAGACUCUGAGAGAUCUGCUCUCAAAUACAAGCCACACCUGCAUGUGUCGGAGGGCUGUCACCCGUAUCCUGCUGUGCAGCAAAAUGGUUCAGUCAGCGCCGGCUUCGAGUGGGAUGAAGAUUACUCUCAGCCUUGUGGACGAUCACCUCAAGGAUCGCAGAUUUAUUCACGCUCCAGUUGGUACAAAGGCAAGUGGGCUAUCAUGUAUGCGUGGUACUUCCCUAAGGCAGCAGUCCAUAUUGGCAGAGGCGUCAGUGGACGCCGUCAUUACUGGUUGCAUGCUAUCGUCUGGACUGAUGAAGAAAACCCGAACAACUCAAGUAUUUUGGGCGUGACAAUGUCAGCUGGUAUCGGCCUGUUAAAAAGAACUAAGAUCAAGUCCCAUUAUAUCAUUGGAGGCACGACGCUCAAGUUAAUGUCGUACGUGAGCUUUUGGGGUAGAAGGUUGGCACUUAAAUUUACCGUAAAGCUGGGAGAAACUCAGGAUCUUAUUACGUGGGAGCAGUUGUCGCAUGAGGCGCGAAAAGCCUUGGCUCUCGACUAUAAAUCUGACACGCCAUUGCAAGACUAUAGGUUUGACGGACUGAUUAAAGAAGCGUAUCCGUUUUAG